AUGAUACGAGGACUUCCGACACGAUCAGGGGGAGGGGGAGCAAUACCUCGAUACACACGCGUGCCAACUACUGUCCCACACAAACGCCUCCUCUCGUCCACACCGCCGCACCUCCAAAGCACGACCCGCCACCCCUUCGCGUACGGGGCCAACGAUGAAGUCGCACGUCUGGCAGCGAGUCGACGCCGCCCAUUGACCCUCGCCGACCUGCUCAAACACGGCCGCCCGCCCCUAUCGAAAGAUGCGCUGCUCGCGUCCGCAAACUUCACCCUCUCGCUCCUCCCCGCCCGCCUCGCCUCCCGGAUCGAAGCCCUCCGCAACCUCCCCUUCAUCGUGGUGUCGAACCCGCACGUCUCCAAGAUCUACAACAACUACCUACACUCGCUCUCCACUCUGCUCCCCUACCAGCAACGCCAAGUCACCACCCUCGAGGAAGAGACCCAGUUCGCCGAAGUCCUCGCCGACCUCGUACACACCCACACAAACACCAUCCCCAUCCUCGCCCGCGGCUUCCUCGAAUGUCGCCGCUACAUCGACCCCACGGACGUAACCCGCUUCCUGGACACACAUCUGCGCGCGCGGAUCGGCACGAGGCUGAUCGCGGAGCAGCAUCUGGCGCUGCACUUCGCGUCGCAUCCGCUGGGCGACGUGGCCGGGGAGCAGCGCUCGCGGAAUAACAACAACAACAAUAACAACAACAAGGACGCGCCGCCCUCAAACUACAUCGGGGUGAUCGACACCGCACUCCAACCCGCGCGCAUCGUCCGGUCCUGCGAAGACUUCGUCGGCGAGAUCUGCGAGCUGAAGUACGGGGUGCGCCCCCGGGUAAACAUCGGCGGACAGCCCGACGCAUCCUUCGCCCACGUCCCAGUGCACGUGGAAUACAUCCUCACGGAGCUGCUCAAGAACGCCUUCCGGGCUGUCAUCGAGAACGGAAACGAGAGCGAACCCAUCGAAGUCACCAUCGCCGCCGCGCCGGACGUCGUCCCCGUGACCGCGGCCGUGCGGCCCCGCGAGCGCAACACCAGUACCCCGCAAUCCGACUCCGAUGUCGGGUUCCAGAUGGAUACGGUCGUGGGCACGGCCGACGCAAACGAGUCCAUCAAGUGCUGGACGCCGUCGUCGCAGAGUAUCACCAUCCGCAUCCGAGAUCGCGGCGGCGGCAUCCCCCCCGACGUCGUGCCGAAUGUCUGGUCGUAUAGUUUCACCACGUUCUCCGAUAUCGAGGACGGGGCGGCCGAGAAUGGCGGCAUGGAUGCCCUGAAUACUAUUGCCUCGAGUGGUGGGCAUUUGAGUAGUAUUGCCGGUCUGGGGUAUGGGUUGCCGUUGAGUAGGGCCUAUGCCGAGUAUUUUGGCGGUAGUAUUGCCAUUCAGAGUCUUUGGGGGUGGGGGACGGAUGUUUAUUUGACCUUGCAGGGAGUGGGGAAGGAUAAGUAG